GUUUGAAUAUUCCGUGUUUAUAAAUAUCAAGGAAGCUUUUUUGCGAUGGCGGACAAAAAAUGUACAAUUUAUAUUGUUGAUGUAGGACCUACAAUGUGGCAAGUCAAGCGGGACGAGGGUGGCAUCGCGUUAGACUUGGCUCGAAAAGCCCUUUUGGCCAUGCUUGAAGCAAAGGUUUUUGCGGGUCUUAAAUCCGAUGUGACUGGGUUGCUUGUAUUUGGAACAGAUGAAACAGACAAUCAACUGAAUGAUCAGACGCCAGGUGAAUAUGAGAAUAUAACUACACUAUAUCCAAUAGAACAACCACAAUUACCGAUUCUUCGAACAGUAAAUAACAAUAUGCCUCAUGGAAAUGUACAAGCAGAUGCUUUUGAUGCAAUUAUCGUUGCAUUGAAUAUGAUGGAAGAAUAUUGUAAAAAAUUAAAGUUCACAAAAAAGAUAUAUCUUUUCACUGAUGGAGAGUCUCCUAUAAAUCAAUAUGAUUUUGAUCGUGUAUCAUCGCAAAUUUUAGAUCAAAAUAUAGAAUUAAAUGUAUUAGGUGUAGAUUUUGAUGAUCCUGAUAUUGGACUAAGACAAGAAAACAAAUCUGAAAACAAGAAAAGAAAUGAGCAAUUCUUACGAAAGCUUGCCGAUACAUGCAAGGGUACAAUCUUUUCUAUGGAAGAUGUUUUGAGACAACUCUCAAAACCAUAUAUAAGACCUGUUAAGCCUAUGCCUGUUUACCGAGGAUCCUUAACUCUUGGCGAUCCUCAAACGUACGGUUCAGCUUCACUUUUGAUCGAAGUUGAGUUAAUUGCUCGUACAAUGAAGGCAAAACCAAAAAGUUUCAAAAAGUAUUCAGCUCUUGCAGAAGCAGCGAACAAUAUAGAGAACAAAACAUAUGAAGUGAGCCAUUCUAGGACUUAUUCCAUAACUGUGGAUGAGAAUGUUAAUGAAAAGGUUGACGUACCACAAGAUGAAUUGGACAAAGCUUAUGCGUUGGGCAAGACUUUUAUACCAUUGCCCAAGCAAGAUGAGAACAUUUUUUCAUUUGAAACCACCCCCUGUUUGUCAAUAAUUUCGUUUAUUAGGACGGAAGAGUUCAGACGAGAAUUAGUCUUGUCUAAUGUAUUUACAGUUGUACCCAAAAAAGAUGAGCCGGUUGCUGCUCAGCGUCUUUCAUCUUUCAUACAUGUACUAUACGAAAAGGAUUCAUUUGCCAUAGUUCGAUAUGUAAAGAAACCCCUUGAAUCACCAAAAUUAGGUGUAUUAGUCCCUUAUAUUAAGCCUCCAAAAGAAUGUUUAUAUUUUGCCCGUAUUCCCUUUAAAGAAGAUUAUCGAAGAUUUACUUUUCCAUCUUUGGAUCGUAUCGUGACUAAAACUGGAAAAGAAUUGGAUGUUCACGAAUAUUUACCAACCGACGAAAUGUUAGAUAAGAUGGGGAAUUUUAUUGAAAAUUUGGAUUUGAUGAAUGCAGCAACUGAUGGUAAAGGAAAUUCUAGAGAAUAUUUGAAAGUGAAAGAAUGUUAUAAUCCCGUUAACGUUAUGAUAAAAAAGGCAGUGAGUCAUAAAGCACUAUAUCCAGAAGAAUCAUUGCCACAGCCUGACCCAGCUUUGAAAGCUCAAACAAGAAUGUUGCCAUCUUUGGUGGAAAAAAAUAAGGAACUGGUUGAAGAAAUGCGAGCAUUAUUUAAGAUAAAAGAAGUUAAAGGAAAAGGCAAAACUACAAAACGUAGAUUUGCUGACGCUAAUGUAGUUAUUGAACAAAAUCUGAGUCUUGAUCAACUUUUAAAUAAUGAUAAUACACUUGAAAAUGGGAAAAAACCAAAGUCCGAGAAUGGAGAUAGGGAAGAUUCUUUAAUGUUAGACAAAAAGGAUUCUGUACGUGAAGUAGGUUUGACAGAUCCUCUUGGCAGUUUUAAAGAAAUGAUUGCUAAUCGCGAAGAAGAUUUGGUUACCCAGGCUGUGGAACAAAUGUGUCAAGUAAUUGAACACUUUGUGAAAUCUUCGUUUGGGGCAUCACUGUAUGAAAAAGCACUGGAAUGUUUAAAAUUAUUACGAGAGACUUGUGCCAAGGAGAAUGAAUCCGAAAUGUUUAAUAAAUUUCUUAAAGAUUUGAAAACUCUUGUUUUUACUUGUAAUCCUUCAAAAACAGAUUUUUGGGAAUUGCUUGGAAGCAAUAAAUUAACCUUAAUUAGUAACAAAGAGGCUGAUGAUAGUUCAAUAACUGAGAAUGAGGCAGAAGAGUUUUUGAAAACGAAAUUUGAGAGGAAAUCAAUUAUUGAAACAGCGGAUGAAGAACAAAUGCCAACGGAUGAAUUAUUAAAUUUAAUGGACGACGAUUAAUUUAAAAUUAUUUCAGCGUAAGUAUUUAAUAGUAAUUUUAGAAUAGUAAUAAAAUAGUAACACGUUGCUAAAGAAUAUACAUUAAACACAAAUUAAAUUGCAUGUGCUUAACAAGAAUA